AAAUUGGAGAUAAGUGAACAAUAUCUCCAAACUUUAAUAAAAAACAUAAUUUUUUUUAUCUUAUUUUCCAAUUCAAGAAGGCUACUUUCCUUUGAUCCCUAACACACUUUAUUGAAGUGUUGUUGGGUUUAUAAAUCGAUCAAAAGGGCUUCUUAUUCCAAAACCCCCCUUUCACUUGCAUCUUCUCCAAUCGGCCUCCAUUCUUAUCAUCAAUGGCAUCUUCAUCUCAAGCAAGUCUCCUUCUUCAGAAACAACUCAAAGAUCUCUGUAAAAACCCUGUUGAUGGAUUCUCUGCUGGCCUUGUUGAUGAAAGCAACCUGUUUGAAUGGAGUGUCACUAUUAUUGGACCGCCUGAUACGUUAUAUGAUGGAGGAUUUUUCAAUGCUAUAAUGACCUUCCCGCCAAAUUAUCCAAAUAGUCCUCCAACAGUUAGAUUUACCUCGGAGGUUUGGCAUCCGAACGUUUACCCUGACGGCAAGGUCUGUAUUUCGAUUCUCCAUCCCCCUGGUGAUGAUCCUAACGGUUAUGAGCUUGCAAGUGAGCGGUGGACACCAGUUCAUACGGUAGAGAGCAUAGUCUUGAGUAUUAUAUCGAUGCUUUCAAGCCCUAACGAUGAAUCACCCGCCAAUGUGGAGGCCGCGAAAGAAUGGAGAGAUAGAAGGGAGGAAUUCAAGAAGAAAGUUGGUCGAUGUGUGAGAAAAUCGCAAGAAGUUAUGUGAAACCGAUGUGGUGAGUCCUUAUGGUUGGAAUCAUCAUGUUAAGUUUCUCAUUUUAUUUUACCUUAUAUGUUCCUUCCAUAAUGUUUGUUAUACUCUUGUUUUGCUUGCUUCAUUAUGCAACAGACUUUCCAAAUGUAUUUUUUUGGACCCUUUUUAUGUUCAUUGUGAUUUUUUUGUUUC